ACUGCCCGGUUCUCGGCAGUACUUUCCUCACGAUCUGACAGCGUGAGGAAAGUGCAGCCGAGAACCGGCACUUGCAUUUCACCCUGUGAUCACGUGUCAUUGGACAACGCUGAUCACGUGGAGCGAGGAUCGGCACCGAUCAUCAGGGCACUGAUGAUGAUCAGUGCCCUGAUGAUCGGUGCCCAGCAGUGACACCCGCAAGUUGCUUUGCGCCCACUAGCCCCGCCCACCCGUUCCCGAGCAGUGCCCCACCUGUGCCCA